AUGGCUUCUAUAUAUUCGGAAUCGAGUAGAAUCAACUCGGUUCUGAAUGGAGGGCAAAACCAACACAAGUCACAUGAACCAUCCAACUCAUCCGUUCAUUUGACUCUGGCUCGAAGGCCUUCGGAUCUUCUCCAUCUAAGUAAACUCCUAAAAGCACCAUGCUCAGCUGUUAAUGAUGAUACGGAUGUGCAGGUCCAACGCCUUGUGCAGUUGGCCUGGAUAGUUACCAUUCGUACAUUUACUGCAUCCACCGCACUCUACAUUGCUGAAGAUUAUAUGCAAGGCCGAUGCUAUGUCGGUGGGACUCAUGAGAUAAUGAUUGGCUCACCAGUUCAGAUUCAUGUUGACACGCAAGAUAAAGUACAAGAUCUCUUCAGAACAAUUGUUGCUGCUUCAAGUGUUGUGAAUGACACUCCUGAACACCAUGGAAAAGAUGGCAACGACUCUCGUUACAAUACUAUCAUCUUGUACCGAGGACAAAAUCGUCAGACCAAUGGCAUCAAACCAUUUACAGAUCUCUAUCAGGACCUGUAUUCCACACCCAUCGCUGAGCCGUCCGAGCUAGAGCCUAACACUGGUCUGAUACUUUCUAUCAACCGAACACCAGAGGUUUGUUUACAGGCGACUCUUCAUGUCGAAACAACAACUGUCAGUUUGCAGCUGGCCACUAGCUUGCUUCACAGUUUCGACCAGGCACUAUCGUCUAUUGGCAGUAUAUCGACACAGACGAUCGGAGCUGUGGAGAUGUGCUCUUCACAUGAUCGCGAGCUUAUUGCAAACUUUACUCGCUCACUAUCACCUACUCAAGACGCCUUGUUGCAUGAACUAUGCUUACAGCAUGUGAAAACUACUCCAGAAGCACAGGCUGUCUGUUCAUGGGAUGGUGAUCUCACUUACAGCGAGCUCAAUGACCUAUCUUCAAGACUAGCACACUGGCUUGUGGGCCAGGGAGUUGGACCUGGUGUUUACAUAGCCUGCAUGUUCUACAAGUCUACAUGGGCGAUCGUUGCCCGCCUAGCCGUUCUCAUGGCUGGUGGUGCCUACAUCUGUGUCGAUGCCCAUGAUCCUCCACCAUACCUCGCAUCUGUCUUGGAACGGACUAAAAGCACACUCAUGCUGACAUCUGUUGGAUUCAGUGACAAGUUUUCCAAUCUAGUUCGCACAAAUUUCGAGGUCAGCAAGGCUUCCCUUCAAAAUCUACCUCAUAUGACUGGUGUGCCGUGUAUCACCGUCACGCCCUCCGACCCAUGCGUCGUACUUUUUACAUCUGGCUCCACUGGAAGUCCCAAGGGCAUUAUUCAGGAACAUCGAAGCUACGCAUCGUCGUUGACGGAUUAUAUCCGGGUGACAGGCAUGGGACCUCAUUCCCGUCUCUUCCAGCUCGACUUCUAUGCCUUUGAUAUUAGCAACAAUGAUUUCAUUGCCCCCCUCAUAGCAGGCGGCUGCUGCUGUGUCCCCACAGUCUCAUUAACGGUGGAAUCUCUCAUGAUCGAUAUGAAUAAUCUACAAGCCAACAUGACAUUUGUGACACCCUCAGUUGCGAUAGAUAUAACUCCGGACCGAGUGCCAACCCUAAAGACAAUGUGCAUUGGCGGAGAGCCGGUCUCUGACGCCGUGUUGAGCAAGUGGCUUGGUCGGGUACGAGUCAUUAACCAAUACGGCAUGGGCGAAGUCGCGUCUCUCUGUGCGUUCAAUCCAAAUCUACAAGUUGGGAGAGGAUCUGUAGUUGGCAGGCCAGCCACUGGCGCAAUAUGGUUGGUGAACCCCGAUAUUUCAGAUCAGCUUAUGCCAGUCGGAGCUGUGGGGGAAGUUGUCAUUGAAGGACCUCAUGUCUCACGAGGCUAUCUCGAUCAUAUUUCUGGGAAAUCUGAAAAUUUCCUCUCAGUGCCUCCGGCAUGGAUGGCACAAUUGCAUCCUGAACGGCCAGCAAACAGAUUAUACCGCUCCGGAGAUUUGGGUCGAUAUAACCACGACGGCACAAUUGAGUUGAUCGGUCGAAAGGAUACAAUGCUGAAGCUGGACGGUAGUCGAGUUGAAGCCGUUCAGGUUGAAAAUAUUCUUCGGCGCCAGUUAUCCACUGGAGAUGUCGCUGUUGUCGAUGUGGUCGGCGCACCGGAUGGAGUCAGCCAGCCUAUCCUUGUCGCUUAUGUCUACCUAUCCAGCAAUCCAAUGAAUGUGGAUGAUGGCGCUUUUGAAAAUAUGGAAUUCCGACCUGUUAUGAAUUGCCAUGCUAUUUACCCGUUGACACAGGCGAUGGGUGAGGCCGCUGCACAGAAUUUGCCAACCUAUUGUGUCCCUAGUCUGUUUCUCCUCAUCGACCGAAUCCCACAAACUAAAUCUAAAAAGACUGAUCGACGGAAGCUCCAUCUGCUGGGGCAAGCAUAUUAUAUGAGCCAGAGAGAGGAGUUGAGAGAUAUUACUGUUUGGCCACAAUGGUAG